AUGCCCCGCUCCGCGGCCGCGCUCCUGCUCCUGGCGCUCCCGCGCGCCCUGGGGCUCCAGCUCCAGGAGGGCGCGGAUCCGGAUCCGGAGCAGGCGCGGGAGGACGAGCUGAAGUACUCGACGGUCACCGGGCCGGCCUCGGGCGACCCGAAGAUUUUGGGACUGUACGGCAAGCGUUUCCAGAUCCACCGCCCAGGAGAUCACUCGCUGCUGGUUGUGCCCAACGCUAAGAAGCGCCACGGCAGCCUGCUGGAGGUGUCGGCGCUAGUGAAGGAGCUGGAGAUCGGGGACCCGUGCUUGCUGUUCAUCAAGAAGAUCACCCUGACCGGCAGCUGGCUUGGUGGCACGACCGUGCAGGUGCGCGCGCAGGGCACCAGCUCCGAUUUCGCGCUGAAGGUGGACCCGAAGAAGCACAACAGCCCCUGGAAGCCCUUCAAGAACAUGACCGGGUGA